AUGGUUUCUGUGAGUAAUAAGGGUGGGAGACCUUUCAGUGAACAUCAGAGAAUCCACACCGGAGAGAAACCUUAUGAAUGUAAACACUGUGGAAAGACUUUCACAGAUAGGAGCUCUUUAGCCAGACACCAGAGAAUCCACACUGGCGAGAAACCUUAUGAAUGUAAACAAUGUGGAAAAGCUUUCACUCUGAGAGGCCAACUUACUGCACAUCAGAGAAUCCACUCGGGAGAGAAACCUUAUGAAUGUAAACACUGUGGAAAGGCUUUCACACAAAGGGGCCAUCUUGAUAAACAUCAGAAAAUCCACACUGGAGAGAAACCUUAUGAGUGUAAACAAUGUGGAAAGGCUUUCACAUGGAGGAGUAGUCUUGCUAAACAUCAGCGAAUCCAUACUGGAGAGAAACCUUAUGAAUGUAAAAAAUGUGGAAAGGGUUUCACAUGUGGCCAUCUUAAUAAACAUCAGAGAAUCCACACUGGAGAGAAACCUUAUGAAUGUAAACAAUGUGGAAAGGCUUUCACAUGGAUUAGUAGUCUUGCUAAACAUCAGCAAAUCCAUACUGGAGAGAAACCUUAUGAAUGUAAACAAUGUGGAAAGGGUUUCAUAUGGUGGAGUGAUCUUGCUAAACAUCAGAGAAUCCACACUGGUGAGAAACCUUAUGAAUGUAAACAGUGUGGAAAGGCUUUUGUAGAGAGGGGCCAUCUUUCCAGACAUCAGAGAAUCCACACAGGAGAGAAACCUUAUGAAUGUAAAGAAUGUGGAAAGGCUUUCACACGGAGGGGUCAUCUUGCCAGACAUCAGAGAAUCCACACAGGAGAGAAACCUUAUGAAUGUAAUGAAUGUGGAAAGGCUUUCACAUGGAGCAGCGAUCUUGCUAAACAUCAGAGAAUCCACACUGAUGAGAAACCUUAUGAAUGUCAACAAUGCGAAAAGAAAAUCUGGUGA